UUGCUGACUUGGUGUUGCCAACUGCCAAUGUGGUUUCUAAAAUGUAUAAGCUUUUCAUUAAUCAUUUACGUUUUAACACUUGUUUAACCUUCACCAUCAUUACUAUUAACAUAGUGCAUGUCUGUAACUGUUUGUUGUUUAAACCAUCUUAGUUGUUUGAGGGAUAACUACAAGUGAUAUUCCCAUAAUUGUUUGUUUGUGUAUUUUUAAAAAGCUAAGUUAAAUAUGCAAUUGUUUAUAUAUUUUAUUAAGAAAAAAAUACAAAAUGGCUGCAAACUUUGGCAAGUUUUUCAAGAAAAAAUUAACAAAACUUAAAACUCAAGACAGUAAAGAAGAUUCAGAUGAUGACGAUGGGUAUCAAGAUCCUUCAGUGUCCUGCCCAACAGAACCACCUGGCGUGGCACGAGGAAUAAUGCCAGUUUAUCCUCCUCCACGUCCAAAUUCACCAAAGAAUGGAGUACAACAUGCACCAAACAACAUGGUAAAACGUGACGACUACCAGGAUCCAUGGGAUUCUAAAAAAAUUCAAAAAAAUGAUACAAGCCAAAAUAAUGUUCAAACUGAAUACGAAGACCCUUUCGAUGCAAGAUUUACUGGUCAACAAAAAAAACAGGAAUCAAUAGAAGAUGAAGAAUAUUCUGAGCCUUACGAACCAGUGAAUAGAAAUGUUAAUAAUAAGAAGCCGACUGAUACAUAUGAUGAUCCAUGGGAUGUCCGACGAAAUAGUGGCUUAGGUAUAGAAACAAAACCACAAACUAUAAUAGCAAAAAAGCCUGGACCUAGGGAUGAUUAUAGUGACCCUUGGGAUUCAAAAGUGUCGAACAGUUUAAAAAGUACGGAAGAAUAUGAUGACACUUAUUCUGAUCCUUACGAUACAGACAAAAAGACGGUAUUGGACGCAACAAAACUUAAAAAAGAUGAAAGUUAUGAAGACGAUGAUGAUUUGUAUGAUAUGCCCGAAAAUGAAAUGGCCAUGAUUGGUGUGCCUGCAGGCAAAAAUACGACAGCAAGUGAGAAGUUCCGUCCCCAAGGACCAGCAAUACCAAAUCAAAAGCCAUUACAAGGAAAACCCGCUGGACAACCUGUGGCAUCACAAGGUGAUUAUGAUGCACCAUGGGAAUGGAAAGUAAAGGACGUGCAAGCUGAGUUUGAAAAGCGGUUCUCAGUAAGCGAAAAAAAAUCACCUGUCAUAGCUUCCCGUCAAAAACCAAAUAUGCCAAAUGGGAACUUCCCUAGGGCUAAUUCUCAUUCAAGGCCGGUGCAGAAUAAUUUUAAAGAAAAACGAAUUGAUGUAUGUGAAAUAGAUCCAACGAUACCGCUGGACAAUCAAGGAUGGUUCCAUGGGCGUGUUCGGAGGGGUGAUGCGGAAGCUCUACUUAAAGGUAAACCAGACAGUAGUUACCUUAUACGCAAUAGUGAAAGUUCCAAGGUUGAUUAUUCCUUAUCACUUAGGAAUAAUGGUGAGACGAUGCAUCUGAAAAUAUCGUGUCGAGAUGGAAGGUACAUUCUGGGUGUGAACAGCCGACCUUACGAUACAAUCCCUGAGAUGAUUCACCAUUACUCGCGCAACAAAUUAAACAUUUUAGGAGACGUUCAUGUUAAGUUGCAAUAUCCUGUCCUGCAAGAACCUAUGUAUUUUACGGUGGAGCCUGGAACCUAAGUUGCGUUUGAGGAUGAUAGAAUGGUUUUUGAGUUUAAUAAGUUGUAGUCGUCUGUUAAAAAGUUUAAAACCAGUUCCCUUUUUUUUCAUGUGCUUAUUUCUUUUUGAGAGAAAACGAAACUUGCUUUGUGUUUCAAAAAACAAACGAUUGUUCGAAAAAUGAUGUUGCCUUGACUCUCUUUGAACUCUCUUCGUGUUCCUGUUUUUUGUCACACCGCAUUUCCUUUACACCUCUUACGUCCCAACCUCCCUCCUUUUCUGUUUCUUCUUAAUAUCAACAAAGGGAAAAGUUCUUGCCACUGAAUUUAAGUGAAUUUAUUGUAUUAACGUGGAAUACAAUCUAUGUAUAUACGCUGUUCUUUAUGUUCUGCAAAAUAUGUACUGCUAGUAAUUCUUAUUUGGAUGUAUAUAUAUGUUGCUUGUAUAACUUAAAAUAUUUGUAUAUUUUUUAAUGCAUCUCAUAAGAUGUUGAUCAGGUCACCAUGAUGUCACCGCAUUACGUCAUUAAGUUACGGACGGUUGAUGACACAUGUCACUCCUUCUAAUGUCAACUUCUGUAAGUGUCCCCAUGUAAUUGCUAGUAUUUUCCGUUGUCUCGGGUAGACAUGUUUUUGUAUAUAUAUAUAUUAUAUAUAUAUAUACUUCUGCCUUUUUGAAAUUUUGUGCAGAAAAUUAUAUUGUCAUUCUUUCUCGCUAAGGAAGAGCGAAAAAGAAGAAAAAACGAAAGAGCGAUUAUGAGGAUUAUGUAAUGAGGAUUAUGUAAUUAAGAAAAUAUUUUGAUUAUUUUGUAGUUUAGUUUUUUAAUUUCAUAUUUCUUUUAUAUAUAUAUACAUUCGUAAAUAAUUGAUAUUUUUAAGCAACUUGUCUCAUACCUCUUGCUUUUUCCACGAGUAUACAGGCGAUUAUAUGCGCAUAGUUCAAGAAAAGGAUCUUGUGGCUAGGUUGCUUGACGAUUUUUUUCAUUCAUGUAAAUAAUAUAAUUUUUUUUUCGUUUUAUAAAUAGAUAAAUAUAUAAUAUCUUGCAUUCGAAAUUUAUAUAGAGUGUUAUUUUGAAAUUGUUUUUCAGUUUCCAAGGAUGUGCACAUCGUAUUUAAAUAUUGUGCAUGUAGCACUCAAUCGUACAGUUUCUUUUUAAGAUUUAAGAUUUAAAGAAAACAAUUUAGGGAAACUACUGGGAUGGAGAGUGUAUACUAUCGCCUGUUCAGCUGUUCCGUAAUUUACCAUUCUUUUCUCGCUUUUUUGUAAAUUUUAACCUAUUGCUUUAAAAACUUAAAAUAUAUUUUAAGAAAUUAUAUUUUCUAGGCAACUAUUGUAUAGUUUGAGGGACUAUUUGGUGCAUGUUUAAAUAAAGAAUGCAAAGUC